AUGCCAGCAGAUGGCCUCGAGGAGUGUCUGGGCAGUCCGUCUCCGGCCGUCCCUUGGGAGGAAGACGGAGCAAGCACUCUGCCAGAAUCGACAGGCAAUGAUGCCAUAGAGCGUUAUGUCCAGUUCAUGAUCGGCAUGGAAGCCACACGCCCAAGCAUGAUACGAGGAAUCCCUGUCCAUCGAUUCCUACAGCAAGCACCUCGCAAGUGGUCGAAAAGUAAAGUGGAUUCAGAGCAGCUUUAUGGGUUGAGUGAGGUCGUAACGAGAUUUGACGAGUUCUGGUCGCACAGCUGGCGCACGAAAGCUUGGCUGAAACGACUCUGGUUGUGGUGCAUGUUCGAAAUGGCCGCAUUCAUGCGCAGCAAGGGGCUGGGUGUAGAGGCGGAGAACUACUUGGCGGUUUGCCCAGUGUUCGUUGGCCCCACGCUGCUGGUCGGCCAACUCAGUUUCAGUGUGUUGAUGGCCGCGACCCUGACGAUGUCAUUCGAUGCGGUUUCUUACGUCCUGAUCGCCCAGGUUGCCCUCGCCUUGCCAUGUUUCCUGCUGCUCGCCUACGGGGUCCUUGCACAUUGUCACAGCAUCGACUUGGUGCAAAGCCAAGUCGGCAGCUUCACCACUGAGGAUUCUUCAUGCCACUGUUGCUCCUCUGGCCUUUGUGAUAUAAUCUGUGACCGCAUGCUCAUCGUUCGCUGCAUUGCAGCCUGGUUCGGGUCUGUCGAGAACUUCGAAACUGCUGUGCGAGGCGAUGUGCGCAGAGCUUUGGUUCAUCAGCUCGCGAAUAACGUCUUCUCAUACUGGCGGAUUGUGCACGCACUUUGCCCUUUGCUGUGGUUUAGCAUGGACCUGAUGGCGCCAGGAAUGACGUUGUCUCACACGAUCUCCUACGCACUGGGGGGUUUCACAGCUUGCCUACUGGUCGUGCCAAGUAUAGCUCUCGUUUGUCUCCGCUUGUGCUACAGACUGCGUAAGCUUUUCCAUGGGAGCAGAUGCUACAAGUUGCUGCUAUCCGGAGGAAUGGUAGCUGUGGGAACGCUAAUCUGGGCGAUCUUCUUCGCGUCACAGAUCAUUCUGGCGCAGCUUCUCGACUCUCAUUUUCAGAGUGCUAUCCCUCGAGCCACCGCUGUACUCGCGGUCUCGAGCGUGGUCACCGUCUUGCUGUGGCGAUGCUGUCCCUCAAUGUGA